CACACUGAGCAGGGCGACUGCUGAGAACAACAAGAAACAAACAGGCUGCAAAACAAACUGCUGUUAGCUGCCACCAUGAAGGCCACAAUCACCACCAUUACACUCGUUGUCCUGGCUCUUGGCAUGACUUCUGAAGCUGUGCAAGUUGAAGAAAAUGGAUUGUCUUUCUCGCUGGAGGCUGUUAAAAGAUUGCAGGAGCUGGCUGAGAGCAGAGCAAUGACCGGACAACAAAGCCCACGGCUCCGGGCGAGCACCAUGUCCUUCUGUGCUGAGCCCAUGCUGCCUCAGGAGCUGCUGCCCCUCUGUAAGCAGAGAGGAGGCUCUGCUUCCCUGAUCAGACUAGCUGCGGUUCCCAUGGAUGUGUGUGAGAUCUGUGCGUUCGCCGCCUGCACUGGUUGCUAA